GCUCGCGAGGAAGCGAGUCUUAGAGAGACUACAUACGCGAAAUUUGAUGAAAGCCUUCUUUCGCAAAUCUCUCUCUCUCUCUCUCUCUCUCUCUAGAGUACAAAGGCAAAACUGAAGUAGAUCGAGUACCGGCUUUAACCAGUAUCGUCCUGGCAUCGAUCCGACCUCCUCGUACGAAUAAGAAUCCGUAUACUCGUGUGUGCACAGCCACUUGUAAUUCGUGUUGCAUUCGGCUACGAGUCAACUGUUCUUUGCGAGAAAAAAAUGACGAUCGAUAUUUAUUUUUUCCCACCGAGUCCGCCUUGCCGAGCUGUUAUGAUGCUCGGUAGAUAUAUUGGAGUUCACUUCAAUGUAAAAACUGUCAAUGUUUUAAAGGGAGAUCAAUUCAAACCCUCGUUCAAAAAACUUAAUCCCCAACAUACGAUUCCAACCAUCGAAGACAAUGGCUUCGUUUUGUGGGAAAGUCGUUCUAUUAUGGUUUAUCUAGUGAUGAAAUAUGCCAAAAAUGAUUCACUAUACCCGAAAGAUCCCGAAAAACGAGGCUUAGUCGAACAAAGACUUUACUUUGAUAUGGGGACUUUGUUUCACAAUAUUGGCUCCUACUACGGACCGGUGCUGCUUGGUUUGGCUGAUCAACCACCGGAACAACUCUUGGAACCCUUGGAGCGAUCCUUCAGUGUACUUGAUAUAUAUCUUCAAGACUCGGAUUUUCUUGUUGGAAACGAUCUGACUGUUGCCGACUUUGCCAUCGUCAGCUCAGUUUGCACGGCCAAGGCUGUGGGCUUUGACAUAGGUCGAUACGACAACGUCGCGCAAUGGUACGAGCGCUGUAAAAGUGCCAUGAGUAAAUGUGGCUUUGAGGAUGUCAAUGAAGCAGGAGCUAAUAUCUUUGGUGGAUUUUACAAAGCUAAUCUUAAAUCAUGAAGCACCAGAAAGCGUUUAUAUCAAAGUUUACAUUAUAGUGCUCACGUAAAAUACGUCACUACUCAAGUAAAAUAACUUUACGUAAAUUAAACAAUCACCAGUUUAGAUUAAAGCAACUACUCGUUCCCAAUCGUCGUUGAACUAAAAUUAUGAUAUUUUUAAAUUUCAUAGAAUAAAAUCGUUAAAUAAAUGAUGUCAAAAAUAUAAAAAAAUAUUAUAAAAGAAACUUUAGAUAAACUCAAUUAUUUUUAAUAUAUUAAGUUUUAUGGAAGAUUUGACCUCAAAGGCUCUAGGUCAUGGUCUUGUAUGUAGUACGUAGUGAAAAUAACUAAUUAUAGGAGCAAAAAAUUAUUCACAUAGUUCAAUGCAUGUAUAAGCAUUUAUCUAUGAAGUAUUAAUGAGAAAUCAUUAAGCGAGUUAUAUUCAAUAAAAAUAAUAUGUAAAAUUGUGAAAUUAAUUAAUGGAAAUUUUAUAUUUUUACAAUUUCAAACGGUGCAAAUAUGUAGAAAAGUUGUUAAAAUAUUUAUGAAAAUAAAUUUCUUGUAUUGAUUCCUAAAA